GCGAUUGGUUCAAUUAAUCAAAUGGGCGUGUCGACUCCGCCCACUUCAACAGGAAGCGCCGCCGCUGAACUAUGUUGCCUACUGAGAAAAGUAAAGUCGGGCCUUAAAGUUUUAUACAUUUCUAAUAAGAAACUGCGAAAAAUACAACUGUCAGUAAUACAACGACUACUUACCACUCUGCAACGUCUGCGAAUGCGUCGUGAUACUCGGGUUCUGUUGAAGAAAAAUGAUUUCGUUUAAAAAUUGAGGCAGCUAACGUAGCAGCUGUGUGUGUGUUAAGGAAAAGGGAAAAAACGCGCGGGUGCCUGUGGCUGUGGCUUGCCUCAGGAAUGUAUUUUUGACUGAACUCUUGAUUCUUUGAAUAUCAGGCUGGGCAUGGCACAGGACUGUGGAAGGCAGUACGAACGGGUGGCUGAGAUCGGCGGUGGUGCUUAUGGGACGGUGUACAAGGCACGUGACCGGCAGAGCGGCCAGUUUGUGGCACUGAAGAGCGUGCGUGUCCAGACAGACCAGGAUGGACUCCCACUGUCCACAGUCAGAGAGGUUGCCUUGCUGAGGCGACUGGAGCAGUUUGACCAUCCUAACGUGGUCAAACUUAUGGAUGUCUGUGCCACCCUUCGGACGGAUCAGGAAACCAAAGUAACUCUGGUGUUUGAGCAUGUGGACCAAGACUUAAAGACCUACUUGAACAAGGCACCAGCACCUGGACUUCCACCUGAGCGGAUACGAGACCUCAUGCAUCAGUUAUUGCAUGGCUUGGAAUUUCUUCAUUCACACUGUGUCCUUCACCGUGAUCUGAAGCCAGAAAACAUUCUGGUCACCAGUCGUGGACAGGUCAAGCUGGCUGAUUUUGGCUUGGCUCGCAUCUACAGCUGUCACAUGGCCCUCACUCCAGUGGUGGUCACUCUAUGGUAUCGUUCCCCGGAAGUUCUACUCCAGGCCUCCUAUGCAACGCCUGUGGAUAUUUGGAGUACAGGCUGCAUCUUUGCAGAAAUGUUUCGACGCAAGCCCUUGUUCUGUGGUGACUCAGAAGUAGACCAGCUGAGGAAGAUUUUUGACGUGAUCGGCUUGCCGCCAGAGGAAGAAUGGCCUGCUGAUGUCACACUGUCCCGAAGCAUUUUCAUCCCCGUUAGCCCCCGUCCAAUCACAAAGUGUGUUCCCGAAAUCAGCCAGCUGGGGGCAGACUUGUUGAAGGAGAUGCUGACCUUUGAUCCUCUUCGAAGAAUCUCUGCCUUAAAUGCUCUCAGUCACCCUUAUUUUCAGGAGGGGUGAUUUGCAUGUGGAGUCAAGGAAUUAUGUGACUAAAGCUGGCCUUUUUGGGUAUAUGUGGGACUGCAGAAAGGUUAGAUGAGCAAGUGAUUACAGCAGUGGAUUGGAAUCCAGGGCUUUGAAAAGAUGCCCAAGGGCUUCUGUAUUUGGGGGGAGGGGGGGGUGCUCUGAUGUUUAUGCCAGUAUUUUGGGGAUUUAGCCCAUCAUUAUUUGUUAGGUCUCCAGUAUCUGACUUUGUCUUAAGCUCUAGUGCUGUUGGACAAGGGUGUGUCCUUUUUUUUUUUUUUUUUUUUUUUUUUUUUUUUU